GUGUAAAUGUAACCUGCACUCCAACAGCUGUGUGUUUGACAAGGACAAGGGGAAGCUGGGGUGUGAGUGUGAACACAACACAACAGGUCCAGACUGCGGCCGCUGUAAGAGGCACUACAACGGACGACCCUGGAGCGUCGGGUCCUACCUGCCCAUCCCCAAAGGAACUGCUAAUAUCUGUGUCCAUAGCAGUCAUGGACCAGUGCAUCGAGCUAAUGCUUCAUCUCUGGGUGUUGCAAACCGUAAUCAAGCUCCUGUGUGUGACAAAGCCAUGCUUCUCUGUCAGAACGGUGGAACGUGCCACCACCACCAGCGGUGCCACUGUGCUCCAGGUUUCACUGGCAUCCUUUGUGAGAGGGCACGAUGCCAGGGUCCUGGGCCCUGCGAGGACUACCCAACGUCUGGGCAGUCAUCCCUCCACCACGCCCUCCUCUUCCACAACCUCCAUCUCCUCUACCCUCUCCUCCUGGGCCCUCCAUGUCUGCUACUCUCCCUACUGCUCCCCCUGGUGGUGGUAUGGUUUUGCUGACAGUCGCUGUAUUCAUUACAAUUGGCCAGGGACUUUGAACUUGAACUUGGCCUUGUUGCAUUUUGAACGUCUUGGGGAAAGGAAAAGGAACUUUAGUCCCUAGACGGGACCAUCCAGGGACACUGACCGAGAUACAAUGUGUCCCAGUCCAGGGAUAAAAGAAGGAACCUUUUUCUUUUUUGAGUCAAAAGCCACCGUGACUGAGAUGAGGUAGAAGUGCAAUAUGGUGUUUGCUGAUAAACUGGAAGAUUAACGAAGAGAUGCUUUUGGUCAGAGAGAGACAGACAGCCAGCCAGCCAGCCAGACAGACAGACAGACAGACAGACAGAGAGACA